GGCGGGGCAUGACAGAUGGCAUCAUUGACAGCGCCCCGGGCACUUGUCACCCCGCAGACAGUUUUCCUGGUGCCCGUGUCGUAUACCCUAUGCGUGCCCGUGCCCGGGCAGGGGGAGCGGCAGGGCAGGCCCGGGCAGGUGGGUAACGGGUCUGCCAGUGUCUCCUGUACCGUCGUGGAGGACGGAGUGUGGCGCCGUCUCUCGCCGCCCCGUCGUCCCUCACCGCCCCUGUCGGACCAGUCGUCGGACAGCGGUCUGUGGACGUCGUUGUCGUCGUCGUCAGGAGCCGGGGACGACCCUACACGACUCCAUACGUCUUCGGGAUAUUCUGAGACGCUACUUCGCCUUGACGACGACACCGGUCUAGCGCAGUUUGUUGGUGGGCUGCGCCAGGGCGGCCCUCAGGGCUGUGACAGCCUUCAGGGCUGUGUGAGUGACGCCCCUCGGGGCUGUGUGAGUGACGUCUCUCAGGGCUGUGCCAGUGACGCCCUUCAGGGCUGUGCGAGUGACGUCCUUCAGGGCUGUGCCAGUGACGCCCUUCAGGGCUGUGCGAGUGACGUCUCACAGGGCUGUGUGAGUGACAGGAAGCCACGGGGCGCAGGACAGGGGAAGCGACCCCAGAGUGCGGACUGCGGCACAGGGUUUGUCGAGCCGCAGGAUGCGGGCUGGCGGGAGGGUGCGGGAGUGACCCCCUCCCGCAGGCUGCGGCAGCUUAUGCGUCGCCUGCAGGAGAAGGUCGGCCAUAGCCUGCCGUUGGUGCUGGAUCACGUGACCCUCCAGGCGCCGCAUGCGGCCUCCGGCAGGCGUUUGCCACUCAAGGAAGCCUCCUUCUUCAAUAGCCCGCAGCCGCAGCUAGCGGUGGCCACGGCAUCAGCGCUCGUGCCGCACCUCGACACCCCCGUGUGCCUGGCGGAGGUGCCGCAGGCGGAAGACGCAGACAUGACGCAGCAGAAGGAGAAUGUGAUGGUGCCGCAGCCGCCGCCCGCACGCCCACGCCGCAGCAAAAGCAGGAAGAGGGCGGCCAGUCCUGGCAAAGAGCGACGUGCGGGCGAGCAGGGACUGCGGCUCAGGGACAACAGCCGCAUGCGGGAGGCACACCAGCCGUGGAUACUGGAGCGGACUGCGGCCAGGGACACCAGCCGCAUGCGGGACCUGAGCCGCGGCCGACGUCAGGGGGCACAUUCCCCUAGGGACCAGAGCCCCGUGACCCCUAGGAAUCCCAGCCCCGUCAAGGCCCCCAGCUCCGUCAAGACCCCAAGGGACCCCAGCCCCUCGACCCCAAGGGACCCCAGCCCCUUCUUGACCCCCAGGGAGUCUCUGGGACUCCCUAGGGGAAGGGACAGGACCAACCGCUCCCAGCUGCCGCCCCUGAGGGCUGAGGAGGGCAGGGGGGGCGGGCAGAGGGGCAGGUCGCAGCCGCCCCCCGCCAACACCCUCCCCCGGGGGCACGACCCCCCACACAGGACCCCCAGGGGGAGGCGUGACAGGACCCUUCCCCCCCCUAACCCCAGGGACGAGUCACCUGCGGCCAAGUUGAAGUCUGACAUUUUGGCCGCACUCAAUAUUAAGCUCCUGCCUGCGGCCAACGGGCUUAGGGUGCCGCAGGUGGCUGUUAACGGGCUUAGGGUGCCGCAGGCGGCUGUUAACGGGCUUAGGGUGCCGCAGGCGGCUGUUAACGGACUUAGGGUGCCGCAGGUGGCUGUUAACGGACUUAGGGUGCCGCAGGCGGCUGUCAACGGGCUUAGGGUGCCGCAGGCGGCUGUCAACGGGCUUAGGGUGCCGCAGGCGGCUGUCAACGGGCUGAGGACGCCGCAGCCCGUCAAGAAGGCGCCCGCGCGGCCCAGUAAGCCUGCGGCAAGAAAGGGAAGGUGUGGGCGGGAAAGUGUGUACACAUCUGGGGCUGAGAGCGAGCCUGAGGUAGGGCGCCACGCCCACGCCAGGAGGGACGCCCACGCCAGGAGGGACGCCCGCAAGAUGUCCUCGGACUCCUCGUCUUCGGGCGUGAGCGGGUUGACGCAGGCGGCAGUGCCGCAGGUGCCGCAGGGUCAACAAGAGUGGCAUCACUACCUGCACAGUGUCAAUACUCUCAAUAUGAACCUUAAGAACCUGGAGCAUGGGGCGGGGGUGGGCGGCGUGGGCGGGGCCUACACCAUGUGUAGUGGGUGUAACAGCAGUGGGUGUCACGCCCCCACGUGUAGAUUGUCGCGAGGUGGGGGCUUCUCCACCCUUCCCCUGCACGCCCACCCGCCCUCCACGCCCACACGAGACACAGGGCGCGCUAGUCAGGGUGGAAUGGGAGCCGCCCACGCCCACUGGCGUGGGCGGGACAAGGAGCAGGGCACCGUAGCCGUCCUCAUCGACCACUACAACAACCCCGCCCACCUGAAGCCCAACAGGAAGAUCAGUUCCUCACGUAUGUCUAUACUCAAGCCCAGAAGGCCUCUGAAGCCGCCCACGCCCACCCUAACACCCGGGCACACCACGCCCACCCCACUAACACCCGGGCGUACCACGCCCACAAGCUCCGGCAGUAAUAAGGAAAAUAAGAAACAUCGGAGCCGCGUGCAAGUGGGCGGGGGAGACGCCCACACCCUCCCAAGCCUCGGGCGGGGUGGGCACGGCCUACACCCACCUGUCCUAGCUACCACCAUUAGCAUACCCAUGGGCCCCAUGCCCCACAGUACCCCCCCGCCGCCCAGGAAGCCGGCCGCCCGCGACAGGACGGGUGGGCGGCUCCUGAGGGCGGAAGAGCACCCGGUCAGACCCCGCUCCGGGUCGCGGCUCAUCCGGAAAGAAACGUUUCGGGUGAGGAGGGGCGGGUUGGAGGGUAGGGGGGAGGACUGCCCCAUCACCCCCUCCCUGCGGCUGCGGUACCUCAUGCAGAAGGCCCACAGCAGCAGCAACAGCAGCGACAACAGUGCUGACAACAGUGCAACAGAAGAGAAUGCGUUGAACGAGUUCAACUUCCUGCACGAGAGGGAGGUGCUUGAGCGCGGCGUGGGCAGCCCCGCGGCCCCCCUCGAGGGGCAGGUCAGUAUCGAAGAGGUAGAACUUGAUGAUGAUGGGGUGGAGGAGGAGGUGGAGGCCGAGGGCAGUCCUCACCAGCCCUGUAUAGGAGGACCUCCUCGGUCCGUAUCUCCGCCCUCAUACCAUGUCCGCCUGCCAGAUGAACAGGUUGGAGGCCGGGAGGUGGAAGAGGUUAGGACACGGAAGCUGCCUCUGUCACGGUUCGACCGUGACCGCGACUCUGCCUAUGACACCUACCGGAAUUCCCAGUAUGGCUCCAUGGGAAUGGAACAGUUCCGCCUCAUCUCAGUGCUGGGGCGAGGCCACUUUGGCAAGGUCAUAUUGGGUCAGUACAAGAACACGGGAGAGUACUUCGCUAUCAAAGCCCUUAAAAAGGGGGACAUCAUUGCCCGGGACGAAGUCGAGUCUCUCUUGGCAGAAAAACGAAUCUUCGAAGUGGCCAACUCAGUCAGACAUCCUUUCCUCGUCAACCUCUUCGCUUGUUAUCAAACCGAGAGCCAUGUGUGUUUCGUGAUGGAAUACGCGGCGGGCGGCGACCUCAUGAUGCACAUACACGCCGACGUGUUCGACGAGCCUCGCGCCGUUUUCUACGCGGCGUGUGUCGUGCUCGGCCUCCAGUAUCUCCACGAUAACAAGAUCAUUUACCGCGAUCUCAAGCUCGACAACUUGCUGCUCGACACGGAAGGCUAUGUCAAGAUUGCAGACUUCGGGUUGUGCAAAGAAGGCAUGGGUUACGGAGAUCGAACUGGCACCUUCUGCGGCACGCCGGAGUUUUUGGCCCCCGAGGUCCUCACGGAAACCUCCUACACCAGAGCUGUCGACUGGUGGGGCCUUGGCGUCUUGAUAUUUGAGAUGCUUGUUGGAGAGUCACCCUUCCCUGGUGAUGACGAAGAGGAGGUGUUUGACAGUAUUGUUAACGACGAGGUGAGGUACCCACGGUUUCUCUCCAUUGAGGCUGUGGCCAUUAUGCGCAAACUUCUCCGGAAGCACCCAGACAGACGUUUGGGCGCCAGCGAGAAGGACGCCGAAGAUGUCAAGAAGCAGCAGUUUUUCCGUAGCGUCGGCUGGGACGACCUCUUACAGCGCAAGGUCAAGCCUCCAUUUGUGCCCACCGUGACAUCCCCCGAGGACGUUAGUAAUUUUGACGAAGAAUUCACGCUGGAAAAACCUGCCCUAACGCCGCCAAAAGACCCUCGCCAUCUGAACGAGUCAGACCAGACACUCUUCAAGGAUUUUAACUAUAUGGCUGACUGGUGCUGAGUGCGGCAUGAUGCCAGGAGGGCAAUCUCAGUGGAGGGCCUCGUGCCCUCGCCGCCGGCCAGGCCGUAUGUAUCUCUACGAGAAUCGAAUGCCUGGAGCAGCUCACUCGUGGCAGCGACAGCAGAGCAGCUGGUCAUAUGGCUGCUGGCCUGCCAUAUGCUCGCCAGGAGCAUGGCUUGCUAAUAGCAGCAACAGCAGUUGUGAGGCAGGCAUAAGCAGAUGCAAUUUUUCCUCUCGCUGGAAUCUGCGUGGACGCGGGCACCAACACUCGGCGUUACAAGAAGCUUUGACAGGAUCUUGGGUGCACCACUCCUGGUCCUGUCACAAUCCUCCCCUUCCCCCAACCCCACUACACGGUUGUACAUAUGCCACGUCUCUCGUCUCUCUGACAUGUUGCCGUCAAUAAUACUAAUCCCUGUUAGUUUGUUGCCACCCCAACUCUUGGUCUGGAAGAUGCUAGCCUCGAUGCUCGCUUACUCGUGCAACCACUAACAAGGGUUGGGGAGUGAUGGGUUGUAGUCACCAUUGUUAUCACUCCUGCUGUUGGACGCUUUAAAAGUCAAUAGAUGGAAACAUGUCUCCCUGGACAUUUAUAUUAACUGUUUUCAAACACUACAACUUAUUUGGACACAUCAGAGAACUUUAUAUGAACUUUUUAAAUUAAUGAAUGCCCGUCCAAAUUCUAGAACCUUUUAUUGUGAUAACCUGUGGCCUUUCCUGUUGUUAACUUCUGAAUGCAACUAUUUAUUUAAAUUGUGAUAUGUACUUUAUGCAUCGUCGACUUCACAAAGGUCCCGAGUUCCUCUUGUGGAAUACUCACUCCUACUCAUCCCAAAAAUUUAUAAUUGUAAUUAUGUCAAGAAUUCAUCGGAUCUGACGAAGUUGGGUCCACUCCCUAUAAUGUGAGCACUGCAUGUGAAGUAGUUGAUCACUGAACCCCCAUUACCUUCCUCCAUCCCCUAACUUCCCCCCAGCGAGAAGUCAACACACCUUAGGACCAUUGGACAUGUUGAAGAUGGUCAAGUGCCGCACAAGCGCACACAACCUACAUUAAUGCUCAGUUUCACCCUUGUGUACGCCUGGGCCCACUGAGGUGUGUGUGACCGUCGUCAUUUUUUCAUAGACUCGCUGAGUUGUGAAUUUCUGUUGACAUCCUCCAGUGAUUAUUGACAUUGUAGGGAUGAUUAGUGUAAAUGAAACAAAGUGAUGAUCCUGUAGGAUAUAAGUAUUUUAAAUACUGUAAUGAAUUUUAUGAUGAAUCCAGUCAUGUAUAGUGGCUGCUGAACAGCGUCCUGGUAGCGGAACAAUGUGAACAUGGACUUUACUGUUAAUGUUAUUUUUUGCUGCCAAAAAAUCCAAAGUUUGCCAUAAGAUCUGCAUGUGCAGAAGAUUAUAUUAAAAAAAAAACAUCAUUAAUGAAAGCCAUUAUUUUCAGACCAAUUCUGUUGCCUUUUUGAUCUGCUCGAACGAUUUGGAUUGUAUUUUUUACAAAUAUAUAUAAUGAGUCAGAUUUGAGUCUGAUAUUAUUUCGCUUGAAUUAGGAUUGUGUAUGAUAUAUUUUUUUUUUUUUUUUAGGACCUGUGUUGUCUUCAUCAGUGCUUGUCUGUUCUAUAAGUUAUUAUUUUAUGUGUAGUUGUCUUCCGCACACACUGGGCGGAGGCUUAAGAAAUGUUACAGCCUUGUACAGAUGGUUAAACAAUUGUGUAACUGGUUAACAAUCUGUUUUGUAGCUAUCAUGUCUUCAAUAAAUUUAUACAUAUAUUUUA